AUGGAUGAGGAUGUCCUGGAGGAGUUCCGGAAGCAACGUGGGUCGCGCACGGGCUCCGAGAUUCUGGAGAAUCUAAAGGAUUUGUUGUAUCCUUUAGCGAAGGAGUUUAAGGACGUGGUGUCCAAGGACCCACCCUCAAAGCCCCCUCCAGACCGAGGGAUCAGGCACAAAGUAUUGUGUCAAUGGCCCCUGCCCCGAGAGCAGAGUGACGUCAUUGCCGCGUUCUUCGCCGCGAAGGCGAAAGCGGGAAUGGUGCAGGAAUCGAAGUCCCCGCACUCGACGCCACCUUUCUGCGUUCGCAAGCCGAACAGUAAGUGGCGUCUGGUUCAUGCUUACAAUAAGCUGAACAGCGCGACUGUGCCAACACAGACGCCGAUCCCUCGCAAGGAUGUGUUAUUGAACAACAUGGCCGGCUGCACGCUGUAUAGUGCGCUGGAUCUGGUAGAUGGAUACCACCAGAUCCUGAUGCGGGAGUGUGAUAUCCUGCUCACGGCCGUGAGCACGCCGAGCGGUAUGCUCUGGGAGUGGCUGGUUAUGCCACAAGGUCUAUCCAACGCACCAUCGAUCUUCAAUCGCUUGGUCACACCGUUGUUUAGACCUUUGCGUGUGUUCAUGCAGACGUACUUUGACGAUAUAUUCGGCGGCAAGACGGCUAUGGAGGUGCAUCAGGAGCACCUCCGUCGGGUGUUUGAGGUCAUGAGAGCUAACAAGCUCUAUGCCAACAUCGACAAGUGCGUCUUCGCAGCUGAGGAGAUUAAGUUCAUCGGCCGCUUCGUCAGCAGCGUCGGGGUCCGAGCGGAUUCUGACAAGGCCAAAGCCAUUGCGGCAUUGCCUGUCCCUCGAUCGCAGAAGGACCUGAGGAAGUGGCUGGGUUUAGCCAAUUACCUGCACAAGUAUAGUGCUGGUUAUGCGUUUGACAGCAUCAAGGCGAGCUUGCAAUGCGUGCCCGUCUUGUCAUUGCCGGACGAUGCCAAGUCGUUUAGCGUCGUCUGUGACGCUUCCGAGUACGCAAUUGGCUGUGCGCUUUUGCAACAGGACGAGGAGGUACGGGAUCGGGUGAUCUCGUUCCAGUCCAGGCAGCUGAAAGCUGCCGAACGGAAUUACCCCGUUCAUGACAAGGAACCCUUGGCAAUGAAGUACGCCCUUGUCAAAUUCAGGGUGCAUCUUCUGGGCACAAGGCCCUUUGUGGUCUAUACAGACCACGCAUUUUUGCGGACAGCCAUCCAUACGCCGCAUCUAUCGCAGCGGAUGGCGCGUUGGCUGUCAUUCUUCGGGGAGUACAACUUCUGCGUUGAACACAAGCCUGGCAUGCUAAACACGCUUACCGACGCUUUGUCGCGCAGGCCCGACUAUGAGUUAGCUCAUAUUAGUCGGGUCACGACGGAUCUUUACGAUCGAAUACGCUUGGCGUAUCGGGACGAUGACACCCUCGUCCCUAUUGUGCGGUAUGUAUCCGCUGGCACGGAUGCCAAGGUCGAGUGGCUUACGCCUCGACAGCGGGCACGACGCCACCGCUAUGAGUGGGUCGAUGGCCUACUCCACUAUCAGGUGGAGCCCGGGGAUCCACCGCGAGUCGUUGUUUCGAACGACGAGGAUCUGAAGUAUGGUAUACUUCAUGAGGCAUACGAUGUGCCUUCGAGUGGCCACUUGGGCCGAGAGAAGACCUAUCACGAGGUCUCUCAGAUGGCCCACUUGUACAAGUGGGUGGCCAAGUACAUCAAGACAUAUGAAACAUGUCAGCGAGUUAAGCCAACAGGUCACGUGUCGGCUCCACUACAGAGCCUGCCCGUCCCACUGGACUGCUGA